UUCCUCUUUACGUCUGACGUCACGCCGUACGCCCGGCGAGGGUGUGCGGAGCUUGCCUGCUCCGCGGUUAGCCGCUGAGCCUGUGCAACUGCGCGAGAAGACGUUCCGCUUUGAAAUGCAGCGGGAUUUGCUGAGUUUCCCGCUGUCUCCAGCGGUGCGGGUGAAGUUGGUGUCUGCGGGUUUCCAGACUGCUGAGGAACUCCUGGAGGUGAAACCCUCCGAGCUUAGCAAAGAAGUUGGGAUAUCUAAAGAGGAAGCCUUAGAAACUCUGCAAAUUAUAAGAAGAGAAUGUCUCACAAAUAAACCAAGAUAUGCUGGUACAUCUGAGUCAGGCAAGAAGUGUACAGCACUGGAACUUCUUGAGCAGGAGCAUAUCCAGGGAUCCAUAAUUACAUUCUGUUCAGCACUAGAUAAUAUUCUUGGGGGUGGAGUACCCUUAAUGAAAACAACAGAAAUUUGUGGUGCACCAGGCAUUGGAAAAACACAAUUAUGUGUGCAGUUGGCAGUAGAUGUGCAGAUACCGGAAUGUUUUGGAGGAGUGGCAGGUGAAGCAGUUUUUAUUGAUACAGAGGGAAGUUUUAUGGUUGAUAGAGUGGUAGACCUUGCUACUGCCUGCAUUCAGCACCUUCACCUUAUAGCAGAAAAACACAAGGGAGAGGAACAUCAAAAAGCUUUGGAGGAUUUCACUCUUGAAAAUAUUCUUUCCCAUAUUUAUUAUUUUCGCUGUCGUGACUACACAGAGUUACUGGCACAAGUUUAUCUUCUUCCAGAUUUCCUUUCAGAACACUCACAGGUUCGGUUGGUGAUAGUGGAUGGUAUUGCUUUUCCAUUUCGUCAUGACCUAGAUGACCUGUCUCUUCGUACUCGGUUAUUAAAUGGCCUAGCCCAGCAAAUGAUCAGUCUUGCAAAUAAUCACAGAUUAGCUGUUGGCAACAUUGUACAAGUCACCCAGCCAGAAGGAAUCCACAGUACUGUUUCAAAUCACAUGGGUGAUAAAUUUCUAUCUCAAGAACCUCAGGGAUUUAGAGAUACUGUUAUUACUUCUGCAUGUUCAUUGCAGACAGAAGAUUCCUUGAAUACCCGGAAACGGUCACGAGAUGCAGAGGAAGAAUUUUAAUCCAGAAGCAAAUCUCCAAGUAUAUAAAUUUACUGAUGUUGUGAAAUCAAUGUGUACAAGUAGACUUGUUACUGUAAGAUGUAAAUAAACUAUGGCAUGAAUGAA